AUGCUGUCGGCUGUUGCUGAAAACGCUGCGCGAAAACGUGCAGAACUUGGAGAUGUCCCGAAGAAGACCAUGAAUCAGACUAUGUAUCUUGUCAAGUGGGCAGGUCUGGGGUACGAGCAUUGCAGUUGGGAAACGAAAAAAGACGUCAAUGAUGACAAACUUAUCGCUGAGUUUCACAAGCUCAACAAUACGUUUCCUGAUGAGCCAGAUAUGCCGAUGGAAGCUAAAGAGGCAUGGCUUGAGUUUCGCGACAAGCUCUACGACCCCAACGAGCCCCACAGCUACAAGAAUGGCAAUCGCCUUCGAGAUUAUCAAGUAGAGGGAGUCAACUGGCUAGCGAGUACUUGGUACAAGAAGCAAGGAUGUAUUUUGGCUGACGAGAUGGGUCUCGGAAAGACUGUACAAAUUGUCUGUUAUAUCGAGCACAUUUUCCGUGUUGAAAAGGUUCAUCGACCAUUUCUCGUCGUGGUUCCGUUGUCAACAGUGGAACACUGGCGGAGAGAGUUCGAGGGCUGGACUGACAUGAUAUGCUGCAUCUAUCAUGACAGGCAAAGGGUAUGGCGAGAUGUUUUACGAGAAUACGAAUGGUAUUACGAAGAUCGCCCACACACGGCCGAGUUCCUUAAGUUCGACGUUCUUGUGACCACAUAUGACACCCUGAUUGGAGACUUUGACGUCAUCAGCCAGAUCCCGUUUCGAGUCGCUGUUGUCGACGAGGCGCAUCGGCUUCGCAACCAAAAGGGUAGACUGUUGGAAUGCAUGCGGGAAAUUAGCGCGAAGGGUACCAUGCAGUAUGGUUUCCAAAGCCGCGUCCUUAUGUCUGGAACUCCUCUCCAGAAUGACUUGACGGAGCUUUGGACUUUGUUGAACUUCAUUGAGCCGUUUAAAUUUCCCGACCUUGAUAAUUUCCAGUUGAACUUCGGGAAUAUGGCCAAUAGAGAACAGGUCGAAAGUCUGCAGCAGAUGAUUUCUCCGUAUAUGCUACGACGAGUGAAGGAAGACGUGGCCAAAGAUAUUCCAGCGAAGGAAGAAACUGUAAUUGACGUCGAGCUCACUAGUAUUCAGAAGCAGUACUAUCGAGCUAUUUUUGAACACAAUCAUGCCUUUUUGAAUAUUGGGGCAACACGAAACACAGCACCAAAAUUGAUGAAUAUCCAAAUGGAACUUAGAAAGGUUUGCAAUCAUCCCUUUCUUUUGGAAGGGGUUGAGCACAGAGAAACAGACAGACAGUUUAAGGAAUUUUCGGAAAAGGGUCUCUUCGAAAACAAGGCACCGGAAGAGCAACAGCGUCUUCUGAACGAGCAUGGCUACAUCAUGACAAGUGGAAAAAUGGUUUUAUUGGACAAGCUACUCCCGAAGCUGAAGCAAGAAGGUCACAAAAUUCUUAUAUUUAGUCAAAUGGUAAAAAUGCUUGACCUGAUCUCAGAGUACUGCGACCUGCGAGACUUCAGAUAUGAGAGACUGGAUGGACGUGUAAGAGGAACGGAGCGACAAAAAUCAAUCGAUAGAUUUGAGAACGAUCCAGAGAGUUUCAUAUUCUUGCUUUCGACUCGAGCGGGUGGUGUCGGAAUAAAUCUUACGGCGGCUGGUAUGUAG